GGGUGAGGGAGGGGUAACUAUUUUAUACUGUCUAUGGGGGAAACCGAAUGGAGGCCAUCUACAUUACAGAGAAAACAAUCGAAUUCGUAUCAGCUCGGAAAUAUUAAAUAAUUAUAUCCUAAUUACAUAGUGGACUUACUUUACUUGUGGGGAAGGCUCAACCGUGUACUCUUUAAAGUUCGGUCGACUUUCUCUUCCUCUGUUGCCGACAACGUUAGUUCCCUCUUGUUUAUAUUGUGCAAGCAGAUCUUGAGCAGGAGGCCCCGUCUGGCAGUGGGGGAGAAGCGGCCGCCUCGCCUCCGAGUGGGAGUUGAGCGGUUCGGCCUAGUCGUGCACCAAAGAAUAUGAAACAUACGUCACAAUGACCUCCAGAUUCUACAAAACCUACAGCCGGAAGGGAGGCGAUGGCUCCUCCAAGUUCGACGAGGUCUUUUCCAACAAGAAGACCAUGAGCACCAAGUGGGGUGAGACCACUUACCGGGCCAAGCUCACCUCCAAGCGGCCCGGUCUCCCAGCCGAAGGGCCCGAGGUCUCCAAGCGCUCGCGCCUGGCGGACGACGACAGCUCCGAAGAUCCCUUCGGCUUCGACAGCGACGACGAGUCCAAGCCCAAGCCCGUCUCUUCCCGGGCCAGCGGUCAGAACCGGGGCUCCCCAGCCCGUGCGGAAAGACCCCCCAGCCUGACACUGGAGCCCAACAGUAGGGUGAGUCAGCCGGCCAGUGUUGAGGCGGUGGCCCCCAGCAGAGGGCCUGCGAGGCUGGGCAGCGAGAGGAGCUCGCUCAGGGUGCCGGAGGACCCCAGCCAGAUCUUCAGCAGCAACUCACUGGAUCAGAGCCCGAGUCUUACCCCCUCGUGGCUGAGCGACCCGCCAGACCGCCACAAGAACUGGUACAAGAACGCGUCGGAGAGUGACCGGCGACCGCACGCCCAGACCGCCACACUCCGCACGGAGACGUCCAGCUCACCGCAGGAUGCCUGGGACCUCCUGGUGGGCCUCCACUCCACCUCCACGGCCCCCGCGCCCCCAGAAUCCCCCGCCCCCCGAGACCCCUUUUCCUGGGUGCUAGCGGGCCGGGCCAACACCACCACCAACGCCGCCGGGCGGGAACGCAGACCGGAGCCUCGACUGGAGCCUCGACUGGAGCCUCGACUGGAGCCCCGACUGGAGCCCCGACUGGAGCAGCACCACACGGAGGAACCCGUGGAACCGGCGGAACCGGCCGAGCUGGAGGACCACUCUCAGCUGCAGUCGCUGCUCCAACGCAACAGCAACUGCCGGACGUACCGGCGGCCCAACAAGGGCAAGCCCUCCGGCACGGACACUCUGGAAGCCGGCGCCAGGUCGGGGGUCGCGGGCCCGGGGUCAGAGGUCACGCAGACCGUCAGCCGAGGCCCGGGCGGGCGGACGCGGGACUACACGGUGCUGCACCCGUCCUCGCUGUCGGCGUGUAAUGUGACCAUCCAGGAGCAGAUGGCGCGCACCGUGGACGACCUGAGCACCGGAGGAGGCGCCACGGCGACGGUGGUCGCCACGGUAACGGACCCCGGUGAGGCUGGACGCCUCAAGAAGAAGGCAGAGACGGCCCCCGCCAAAACCCCAAGGUCCAAGCCGGCCCAGUCCAAAUCUAAGAAGUGGGACUCCAGGCUUGACCUCUUUGGUUUUGACGACGAGGGUGGCCAUGGCAAUGACCCCUCUGACCCUUUGGCGACCUCUGGCUGCUCCAGUUACAAAAUCCAGUACUUUGGCUUCGAUGACCUCAGCGAGAGCGAUGAAGACGAGGAUGAGGAUUCUCCCGCCGCGCAGAGGAGGAGGGCGAGGAAGAAGGCGAAGGCAGAGGCCAAAGCCAGAGCAUCUGAGCUCGGGACGACCGAGUCCACGGAGUCCACGGCAACGGAGUCCCCGGCAACAGAAGCCAUGUCGGCCGUGACGACAGCUGCAGUGUCGUCUUCGGUUAUCCAGUCUGUGCCGAGAGAGAUGACCGAGAGACUGACCAGCAGCGGCAGCAGAACAGGGUACGCAGAGCUCAUGGAAGAGCGGCUAGUGAGCAGCAGAGCUUCGCCCACACCUCAAGAGCGGAUCCGAGAGGGCAGCCGCAAGAUCUUUGGACCAAAGAAGUCUCCAACGAAAGCUGUGUAUAACGCCAGACACUGGAACCAUGCAGAAGAAGAGGAACCUCUCCCCCCACCCUCACGGUCACAGACAACACCAGCCGGAGCUCCAGGCCGCAGUGGCAGCAGUAGUGGCAGCAGCAGCAGUAGUGGCAGCAGCAGUGGCAGCAGCAGCAGCAGCAAAGACUCCAACUCCCAUAAGGACGAUGGGCUCUUCAAAGCCCCGGCUCCUCCUCCAAAGGUCACCAAGACACUCAUCAUACCGAUGGCCGAUCAGGACAACGUCACGACACUGAGUUGCAGGAGAGAGCACAAAGAGUUGUUUACUGUGGUUCAGCACGUGAAGCACUUCAAUGAUGUUGUGGAGUUUGGGGAGAAUCAGGAGUUCACAGACGACUUUGAGUACCUCGCCACUGGCCUAAAGACUGGAGAACCCUUAAACACACGCUGCCUCAGUGUUAUCAGUCUGGCCUCCAGAUGUGCGACUCCGAGCUUCAGGAUGCACCUGAGAGCGAGAGGGAAAGUUGCACAGGUCUUCAAGACACUCAGCGAUGCACCCCAGCAUCCGAACCUGGCGCUGUGCACGGCGUCCCUGAUGUACAUUCUGAGUCGGGACCGGCUAAAUAUGGACCUGGACCGGGCCUGCCUGGAGCUGAUGAUCCGGCUGCUGGAGCUGGAGCAGGACGGCACCGCACGGGUCCAGCUCACCGCCAAAGAGAUGGCCAAGGUCAAGGAGAAGAUCCGCAAGCUCUGUGAGACCGUCCACAACAAGCACCUGGACCUGGAGAACAUCACGACAGGGCACCUCGCCAUGGAAACCCUGCUGUCACUCACAUCGAAGCGGGCAGGUGAUUGGUUCAAAGAGGAGCUGAGGCUGCUGGGAGGGUUGGACCACAUUGUAGAUAAAGUGAAAGAGUGUGUGGAGAACCUGAGUGAGGAGGAGGAUAAGGAGAAGCUGGUGGCCUCACUGUGGGGCUCUGAGAGAUGCCUACGUGUGCUGGAGAGUGUGACGGUCCAUAACUCGGAGAACCAGGCCUACCUGAUCGCCUUUCAGGACUCCCAGCUCAUCGUCUCUUCUGCUAAGGCCCUGCGUCAUUGUGAGGACCUGAUCCAGAGGUACAGUACAGAGGUGAACCUCUCCAUCGGCACCCCACUCCCCUACUGCAGCAACAGCAAUGUGGGCAAGGCAGUAGAAAACUGCAUGAGGGCCAUUAUAGGAGUCCUCCUCAACCUCACACACGACAACGAGUGGGGCAGCACAAAGACUGGUGAGCAGGAGGAUCUCCUCAUCACGGCACUCAACUGUGUGCUGCGAGUGCCCCAGUUCCUUCCUCAGGAGCAGCGCUUCGACAUCCGAGUCCUGGGCCUGGGUCUGCUCAUUAACCUGGUGGAGUACAGCGCCAGGAACCGCCACGGCCUGGAGGAGAUGCAGAUGGAUGGCCACGCCCCCUUCACCUCGGUGUGUGUCAGUGAGAAGGAGGAGCUGAGUAUGGAAGCCCCACUCAACGCCAUCGCUGCGUUAGUACAGCUGUUCCUGCAAAGGGAGCAAGCAGCGAUACUGGCGGAGGCCCAGACGGAUGAUGUCAUCAGCGAGGCGCCCAAGCCCGCGGACCAGAGCGGGGAGUGGCAGGAGAACGAGGGCGAGAUCCAGUGGGUCGCCGCCGACAACGCCCCUAACGACAACGACAAGGAAAAAGACAAGAAGAAGGAGGAGGAAGAGGAGGAGCUGGACCUCAACAAAGCUCUUCAUCACGCUGGGAAGCACAUGGAGGACAGCAUCGUGGCCUCUUACACUGCACUGCUACUGGGCUGCUUAUGCCAGGAGAGCCAAAUGAAUGUUACUACUGUGAGGGAGAACCUGCCCAAAGGGGAUUUCUCCAUCAUGACUGAGAUGCUGAAGAAGUUCUUAAACUUCAUGAACUUGACGUGUGAUGCUCCCACUGCCGGAGAGAAGUCUAUCUCUCGGGUGAUUGACUACCUGGAGCACUGCUAGUGCUGUGGUGCGUUUGUGCUUGUGUGUGUCACCAUGGGGUUUGGCCUGGCCUGGCCUGGCUCAGGUUGAGCUCGGUCCACUCCGGCAGAACUAGACCGGCCAAUGACGAGGAUGCUGCAGGACUUCUGGGGCUGACCCCCAAACUCACAUAAACACACACUCACACACACAGGCAAACACACACAACCUCGUCUUCAUGAUGCCAAGACUCCUCACAUUGACCUCAGCCAGAAUAAAUUAAUAAAAUUGUCUUGUAAGAUGUGACCUU